AUGUUUGAUCACCAACUCCUUGUCACUGAGGUCCCCGAGUCAGUCUGGGGCGUCCUGCUGUCGCUCAGCCCCGCCGACUAUAAAACCGUCCACCUGCAGCGCACGAAGAGUAGCAGGGGCAGCGACCUGGAAAAGUUUGGGUACCAGAUUGGGCGGCACAAGCGCUGCGACGUGCAAAUCAACAACCCUCAUAUCAGCAACCACCACUGUCUGAUAUACCGCGUAGAGAGCGAGAACGCUGUGUAUAUUGAGGACACCAGCACGAACGGUACGUUCCUGAAUAAGGAGCGUAUGGAGAGGAAUAUACCGGUUAGGCUGCAUGACGGGGAUGAGAUUCAGCUGGUCCGCUUUUACAAGUUCCAGAAUCUCGCUGUGCAUCGCAACGAAUCUCGCGUAUUUACUCAGAGUUAUUUGCUCGAUAGGCGUCUGGGUAAAGGUGCAUUUGCCAGCGUGUAUUUGGUUAGGAAUCGCGUGACGGGCGCGCGGUAUGCGGCCAAGAUUAUUGACCGUAGGGCAAUUGUGCAUGCGGAAAAGUUGGAGAAACUGGACUUGACUUUUCAGAAGGAGGCGUCGAUUUUGUCGCGGGUCAAGCAUCCGUCGAUUGUGCAGAUUCAUGGGGCGUUUAGGGAGCACGAUAACAUGUAUUUGCUCUUGGAUUUGGCUGAUGGAGGUGAGUUGUUCGAUGAGGUUGUUAAUCGGGGGUGUCUCGGCGAGGACGAUACCCGCCGGAUUCUCCUGCAGUUGCUUUUGGCCGUUAGGUACCUUAACCGCAGGGAUAUAGUCCACCGCGAUAUCAAGUUGGAGAACAUUCUGCUGACGGAUGCGCAUUCUAUGCGAGUCAAGCUGGCGGACUUUGGGUUGGCAAAGAUUGUCGGUGAUGAUACGUUUAUGAGGACCGUGUGCGGUACCCCCAUGUAUGUGGCUCCCGAGGUGCUGACUGUCAAUAGGACGGGCCGGUACGAUAGGCAGGUUGAUAUGUGGAGUCUCGGCGUCGUCAUUUUUAUCUGCCUUUCUGGACGCCCGCCGUUUUCUGACCAGGAUUCGACGAUUUCGAUGCGCGAGCAGAUUCUUAGCGGCAAUGCUAUCUAUGAUGAAAAGGACUGGUGCACUGUUUCUCCUGGAGCGCGGGACCUUGUUAGUCGGAUGAUUAAGGUCAAUCCGCGGGAGCGGAUCACUGUUGAGCGGGCGUUGGAGGAUGAAUGGCUGGGUGCCAAG